GUGAUACGUAUUGAGUCCAUACGUCGUGAUACGUAUUGACUUUCCUCAGCCAGUUAAAACUCAGAUUGAGACGAGUGCUUGGCUGAGGCAAAAUUAACUAGUGGAGAACACUUGUCCAGCGUUGUAAGUAAUACGUAGGAGCUGGGAGCUCUGUUCUACACUAGCAUUGGUGAGGAUACAACCUGGCUUGCUUCCCUGCAACGUACCUGCUUGUAGUGCUUGUACGAGAGAACGCUACCAAGAUAUUGAGACCCGCGAAUCUCACAGGAUGCUACCCACAACAGUAGAUCUGCACCUACCUACUUACUGUUAGGUUCCCAGGGGCAGCAGGUGAGAGGAGACAUGCCCAACGUUUUCACUAGUGUCGGGGAGCGAUCCUCGGUCCCUGAGUGUGUGAGCUGACGACACUACCAACCGAACCAAAGGUGGAAAUGCAACACUUGGAAGCAUUUAAUGCAACAGAUAGGAAAAUUUGGAAGCUUAGUGUAUCGGCCGUCUGAGCUUGAAUGGUUCGACAGCCUCAGUAUGACGACUCCACAGGACGUACAUGAUGUCAGUGCAUCAGUCUGUGAAUCUGAUUUGGCUUUGUCUGAUGACAUAGUGAAUGUCAUAACUAUGGAUCCUAUGGCAGAUACCGGAUACACUGACCUUGGUGAUCCAGACACUGCAUAUACUGACCUCGGUGAUCCAGACACUGCAUAUAUUGACCUCGGUGAUCCAGACACUGUAUGCACUUACUUCGGUGAUACAACCUUCGUACCACAGAUGGAUGCAAGUGAAGCCACCAUUCCAAGCACAGUGGAGUCCAUGCCCGGCACUGCAGCUGAUGACCUUAACUUGGAGCAGAUGGUGGCAGUGGCACCUUCAGACAUCUUCGAGGAGGAAGUUCCUAAGAAGAGAGAACGUAAACGCAAGUCACAAGAUGAGGCCAGACCUUCCCGCAGGCGACGCCCCAAGAAGCCAAAACUUAAUGAGACUGAAACUCCAUUUGAAAAUGAAGAGUUGGGGGAAAAGGCUAAGAACACCCAGACUACCAAGAUAAAUCGUAACCUGGGAAAGCAGAGACUACUAGAUAUGCAGAUGGAGCUGAGUGCUGCCACUGCCGAGAGAGACAACCUGCAGGAGGUUCAACAACUACAACGGAGCAGACAAUGUUGAUGCAGCAGAUAGAUGUCUACCAGCAGAAUGAUCAAGAAUUUUACUCCGAAUUCUUCUAACGCCAUCGAGACCACCUGCUCCAGCCCUAAAGCAGCAAAAAGGAAAAUAAUGGACUAAAGACAAACCAACCACAGCAUCCUGCCAAGCAGGGUGCUCUUGCCCGCUUGAUAACAACAUCAUACCACAAGUAGACUGCACCAGGGCUCAUCUGCCCUGCUGCCCCACACCAUUACAAACAUAUUACACAGACCAGCUAACUCGACACCUACACUUCAUUUUCUCGUUGUAUCUUUUAAGGUGCUGCAAUUGCUCUGAACUGUGAUGCUUAAAAUUAAUUAACUACCUCAACUAAUUUAACAUAACUGUGAUAUUAAAAUUAAUUAACUUCCUCAACUAAUUUAACAUAACUGUGAUAUUAAAAUUAUUUAAGUACCUCAACUAAUUUAACAUAACUGUGAUAUUAAAAUUAUUUAACUUCCUCAACUAAUUUAACAUAACUGUGAUAUUAAAAUUAUUUAAGUACCUCAACUAAUUUAACAUAACUGUGAUAUUAAAAUUAAUUAACUUCCUCAACUAAUUUAACAUAACUGUGAUAUAACAUUAUUAAGUACCUCAACUAAUUUAACAUAACUGUGAUAUUAAAAUUAAUUAACUUCCUCAACUAAUUUAACAUAACUGUGAUAUUAAAAUUAUUUAAGUACCUCAACUAAUUUAACAUAACUGUGAUAUUAACCAUAACUACCUUAACUGUGAUAGAAGAAUAAUUAGUUUAGAUUUUUUUACAUUCCUAAAAAAAAAAAAAGAACUUUUGUUAAAUUUCAAGAUGAGUUGAACUAAUCACAUGGUUUUUCUAAUUUCAAGAUUUGUUGGGUUCAUCGAGGCAGUACCCAUCUGUUUGUGGUUACAGGAGUCGAUUCACAGCUCCUGGCCCCAACGACUGGCAGUGGACGACUGGUGAUGUACCUGAUAUCAGAUGCCAGUGACUAACGACCACCCAAUAUAACAACCUAUGGACAAUAGCCACAUUUUUUGAUACCAAUGUGUCGUCAGAAUUAUAUUAAUGUACCUGAUAUAAAUAUCAAAAGUAAUUAUGAUAAUUUAGCAAACAUAAUUUUCCAUACAGAAGUUUUAGAAUGAUUAUUUAAAACUGAUUUUGUAAUGAUUUCAGUUUUUUUAAUUAAUUACAUUUGGUAAAUUAGAGGAAUUGUGCAAGAACAAUAGUGAAUAAGAUUGUAAAGGUUGAAACAUUUAGAAUACUGGCCUAUAGGUAGGCCUCUCUAUACUAGGUAGGCCUCUCUGUACUAGGUAGGCCUCUCUGUACUAGGUAGGCCCUCUAUACUAGGUAGGCCUCUAUACUAGGUAGGCCUCUGUACUAGGUAGGCCUCUCUAUACUAGGUAGGCCUCUCUAUACUAGGUAGGCCUCUCUAUACUAGGUAGGCCUCUCUAUACUAGGUAGGCCUCUCUAUACUAGGUAGGCCUCUCUAUACUAGGUAGGCCUCUGUACUAGGUAGGCCUCUCUAUACUAGGUAGGCCUCUAUACUAGGUAGGCCUCUCUGUACUAGGUAGGCCCUCUAUACUAGGUAGGCCUCUCUAUACUAGGUAGGCCUCUCUGUACUAGGUAGGCCCCUCUAUACUAGGUAGGCCUCUCUAUACUAGGUAAGCCUCUCUGUACUAGGUAGGCUCCUCUAUACUAGGUAGGCCCCUCUGUACUAGGUAGGCUCCUCUAUACUAGGUAGGCCUCUCUAUACUAGGUAAGCCUCUCUAUACUAGGUAGGCCUCUCUGUACUAGGUAGGCCCUCUAUACUAGGUAGGCCUCUCUAUACUAGGUAGGCCUCUCUAUACUAGGUAGGCCUCUCUAUACUAGGUAGGCCUCUCUAUACUAGGUAGGCCUCUCUAUACUAGGUAGGCCUCUCUAUACUAGGUAGGCCUCUCUGUACUAGGUAGGCCCUCUAUACUAGGUAGGCCUCUCUAUACUAGGUAGGCCUCUCUGUACUAGGUAGGGCCCUCUAUACUAGGUAGGCCUCUCUAUACUAGGUAGGCCUCUGUACUAGGUAGGCUCCUCUAUACUAGGUAGGCCCCUCUGUACUAGGUAGGCCCCUCUGUACUAGGUAGGCCCCUCUGUACUAGGUAGGCCCCUCUAUACUAGGUAGGCCCCUCUGUACUAGGUAGGCCCCUCUAUACUAGGUAGGCCCCUCUAUACUAGGUAGGCCCUCUAUACUAGGUAGGCUCCUCUAUACUAGGUAGGCCCCUCUAUACUAGGUAGGCCCCUCUGUACUAGGUAGGCACCUCUAUACUAGGUAGGCCCUUCUAUACUAGGUAGGCCUCUCUAUAUACUAGGUAGUACCUUCUAUACUAGGCAGUUCUUUCUAUACUAGGCAGUUCCGUCUAUACUAGGCAGUUUCAUCUAUACUAGGCAGUUCCAUCUAUACUAGGCAGUUCCAUCUAUACUAGGCAGUUCCAUCUAUACUAGGCAGUUCCAUCUAUA